AUGUUAGCUGCUCAUCUGAUUUUUGGUGGAUUCACAACUGACGGUAUAAAUGACCUACCUAUUAUUAUACCUGAUACUAGAAUACUAGUACUUGUGCCCAUACUUCCAACCUCCGAGGGAUAAAAUCACACAGCGUUGAUGACGCUUUGACGCUUGAUGCGGUAUUUUUUCAAGUUCUAUUAUUAAUCUCUAUCAUAUGUUAGAGAAUAUAACAUUUUCUAAAUCGAGUAGAGCUGUAGAACUUGAAGGAUGAUUAUCGUAGAAAUGAUCAACUGCGAGAAUUGAUAAAAUUUUCAAAAAUAAAAAAACUAGCAACUAAUGGAAUAAUGGAAAUGGAUAUGCAGGCGAUUGCUAAUAUUUUCAGUAUCAUCACUAUCUUUGUCUGUUUUAUUCUGAAAAUUCCACAGAUAUGGUAUCUCAUGGCUAUCAAGUCAGCCGUUGGAAUUCCACUGUUGGGUCUCAUGCUGGAGCUCACGAGUUACACUGUAAUGACGAGCUACAAUUACACAAAUGGUUACGCACUGCUGACGUAUUUGGAGUACCCAGUAAUCCUCGCUCAAGAAUUUCUUCUUAUUUAUCUAGUCUUGAAAUAUCGUAAUCAAGUCAAUAAUAUUAAAUCAAUCUUCUUCGCUAUUUGCUACUUCGUUCUGAGUACCUGUAUACUAAUUCAAGUCGUUCCAAAAUAUGUUCUGACCAUUUUAGCGCCCAUGUGUACACCUAUUUCUGCGUCUAGUAAACUUGUCCAACUUCUUGCCAUUGUUCGUGCCAAAAAUGCUGACUCUGUGUCGUUAUUGACUUGGUUUAUAUCUGCAUUUACCAAUACAACAAGGAUAUUUACAAUUUGGGUUGAUUCCGGUGACAUUCUACUCUUAGGCAACUGUAUUAUAUCAAGUUUACUGAGUUCUAGUAUAAUGUUUUCAGCUUUAUACUACAAGUCCCGGUCAAAGAGGGACGAUGGCAAAUAUGUGAAGAGAGAGUAGUGCCUCUAUUCAAGUUUAGUUAAUUAAAUAAACUUAUUGAAUAAAAAUAGAAAAAAUAAAUAAAAAAAUACUGAAUGUUUGAUAA